AUGUUGGAUCUUCGAGAAUUCUCCAUGGGCAUGUUCUCCGAUGAACCGCUGCGUAUCGGUGAACACAAUAUUGAUGUGUCAUUUAGCACAUCAAAGCAUGUAAUGCAACGCGCCAGCUCAAAGGAGACCUCACCCGAUCCUUCAGAUCCUUUGUCAACAGUGAAUCAUGUACUUUUGUACACCGUAUUCAACGUCCAACAUCCAGUGACUCUGAAGGUCAUUCAUCAGAUAACCUCCAUGUUCGCCGAAGUUGUCCGUAUUGUCAUGUUCCGAAAGUCCAACAUUCAGGCAAUGGUUGAAUUCAAAUCGGUAGAAGAUGCCCGUCGAGUGAAACAGAAUCUGAAUGGAGCUGACAUCUAUUCUGGAUGUUGCACGCUAAAAGUGGACUAUGCCCGACCCACCCGCCUCACGGUCAAGCGGAAUGAUGAGGAUACGUGGGACUUUGAAAACAAUGGAGCUACGGACGCGGAGCCUGACGAUUCAUUCGGGUCAUCCAGGCGUAUGCACGGCUCAUUGCUAGGUUCUUAUCCCAAGCAUGAUAUGGGACCGCCACAUGCCAAUGGCAGUUUUCACACUCCUAGUUUUCAAACUCCUCCCGGGCGAAGUCUGAUGCGCUUGCCGGUGACUCCUGAUAGUUCGCGUUAUCAUCCACAUCCGCCAACUCCAGUCGCUAUGGUUUUCAAUUUGAAUCCGGAUGAGAUGAAUUGUGAACGCUUGUUCAAUCUGUUUUGUCCAUACGGGAACGUUCUCCGCGUGAAAUUUCUGCACUCCACCCAGGGAACUGCCAUGGUCGAGAUGGGUGACCCAGAGUCCGUGGAUCGACUGAUGGACAAUUUGAGUGGCUACACGCUGAUGGGAAGCCAACUGGUGAUCCGACGUAGCAAGCAAAACGAGGUACUGAACAAUACGCUACCCCACAAACUGUUCGACGGUUCACCUUCGUUCCAGGACUUCAGCUCGAGUCGGAACAAUCGCUACACCACAAUGGCUUCGGCCAGCAAAAAUCGCCUGUUCAAACCGUCAAGUACUCUACACUAUUGGAACUGCCCGUUGGGUUUCAACCUGGAUGAUAUGCGUGCGAUUUGUGAGAAUUUGCAUGCCCCACUGCCGAGCAAGUUUGCGGCUUACACAAAGGGUAGUGGACGUUCUUCAUCUGGUCUCGUGCAGUGGGACAAUGAGUCUGACGCUCUGGCUGCUCUGGCCAUCGUCAAUCACCAUGAGAUACCCAAUCCUGACGAUGGUCGGCACACGUUCAUCUUGAAGCUGUCGUUUGCCGCCGAGUCUAUUCGCGAUACCAACCAUUAGAGGAGUCCGGACGUGUGAUGUGGUGCUCAGUCGAGUCCGAGGAUGUUGAAUAAGCUUCUUGUAAGUUUAUUUUUGUGUGUGUCAGACCGCUUGACGGUUUCAAUUCCGUUCGCCCCAUCAUUCGCACCCGAUCACCACUUCAACUCCAUCCUACUCGCCAUUCAACAACAACAAGCACGCACACACACGUAUCAGGCGAACCAGUAACGUCCCCACUUCACUUCACAACACUGUUGCUAUUCAAGCUGUCUGUUUCAUCCUGUUUGCUUACGUUUUUAUUGCUAAUUCACUCACAUAUGUGUUUGUCCCUUUUUCCAACUGCGUUCUUUUGCAGGCCCACGUCGUUUAGUUCACCUCGUCUUGCAGUGGCGUGAAGAUCGGUUUCUUUUGACAUCUAGUAUCCAUUCUAAAGAAUGAUGGCACCACGCGACGGCCGAUGUGGCAUGAGAGGAUUGUUAGUUGUGUAUGUCAUAGUUGUACGAAGGCUGGGAUACUGCCAGGGCGCUCACACCUAGACAGGAGGACGAUUAGGGUCCUGAACCAAGCCUUUGGCUCAAAUAGAGCAGAUAGUAUGUUCGUGAGACUUCCAAUGGGAGCUCUCCUACCUAUGAUUAGCCAACUGCGGUUACUGCUUUCUGUUGAAGGUUGCAAUGGCGGUGGUUGAUAACACAUUCAUAGCGGCUAGUCCGGCGGUGAUCCAAAGUCGCACAAACCUAGAUUUGAACAGCGGCGCUUACCCCUUUGUUUGUGAUACUCUUAGUUUAGCACAAAACCGAGGUAAGGUACUUGUACGCCUGACCUGAUCACCACCAUAUUGUGCAAUUUGAUCGAUUCGUUUGUUUCAACGGUUUCGGAGCUGGAAGCCGGCUAGAGGUCCCGGGCGAGGACUCCGACCAAACCACAGACUAUCAAGCAGUGUCUCAAGCCACUUUUGACAUCUUUCAGCUAUUGCCACCAUGAAGAUGUCACACAACUUCAUAAGAGACGGAUUCACACGGCAGCUGUCAUAACCCGGGUUCUUUCGUGCUCUGGAAUGUGUCCCUACUUGGGUUUUGUCGGGUUCCAAUUGUACCUCUGCUAUCAAGAUAGUCGAUCGUCGUGGUCCUCCUCAUGACGUAAUAAGCAGUAGUGGGGCCGCUGGUGUACAUGCGAUGGCACAGCCCCGGUAGGGCAACGACAAGCCCCAGUUUAGGGCUUCUGCUACCGACCAAGAGGUCUCUGGCUGCAAUUCCGCGACAAGCCUUUCCAAAGUUCUUGUCGUCACUCAAAUAAACUGGCAACAUCUGUGCCAGCGGCCCUUGUCCGGUUGUUCUGCAGUUAUGCACCGAACAAAUGCCCCGACCGAACAGUCUUGUAUCUACCCAGCAUUUUACUCCGUGCUCAUUUCAUUCUCGAGCAAGCUUUCAAUGCGUUUGGCGACUUCUGGCUCUCUCCUUCCAGCUGAUUAGUGAGGAGAUUAGAACAGGGUUCCCUAUAGUCGGUACGUCUGGCGUCAUACUGCUGCCAGAAUGGAUGGACUACUGGAGACAGUCACAAAUUCUAGUGGGAGGCAAUGCAUGCUGAAAAAUUUUUGUCCUUAUUGGAAAUUAUCGGCAGUGUGCAUCUGACCAAACUCCGGAGAGUUUGGUUAAACCGCGACCUCUUGGUUAUUGGCUCUGAUACCGUUCAGCUGAUCGACAUUUUAGCCCUCGUGCUUUCUUCAGGUGGCAUGGCAGCUAAGCUGAACAGUUAUCUAUUAUUCAACUGAUCAACUGUGCAAUUAGUUCGCACUUAGACAGGUUACAGUGUCGUUCGUCCCUCGGUUAUGGAAUCCACAUCACGCGAGGUACGCACUGCUCAUGCUUCGCCAUAAGGGUGGAAUUGCCACACUGUCGUUGAUGGGCGAAUUCUGAUAUGACAAUGGGACUCAUAUCAAUGGGGAGACUAGGAUAGGAAGCAACCUAAGCCAUAUUCGGGAUGCUUGCGCGCUUAACUAGGCCAUGUCGGUCAAUGUCCGUAUGUCUGUCUUGUUUCAAGGUCACUUUCCAUCCAGACGGCAGACACCAAACCAGCUGAGGUCACGUGUUAUAAGUUACGUACCACGCGGAUCGCCCCCAUGCCGUCCGCAUUCUGAACGUGCUAGGAACAAGAGGAUUCCUCAGGGAAGCUGGUCUGGCAGCGUGUCAAGCAAGCCAUCAGUUCAUUCCUCCGAUGACAGUAGGUCUAAUUCAGCCAUUAUGUCAACCGAACCCUAAGUGUUCCGAAGAUACUGCUUUGGAACUCUCUCACGAACCUGACCCGCUACAGUGUUGCAGACAAACUGACGUCACAUCUAUACCCGGGAUUCUGCCGGUUCGAAAGGCCGUUUCGACCCUCUCCAUCAGUUCGCUUUCAGCUAGAUUAUCGGGACUGAUGCAGCUACUCUGGUAAGUGAACCUGUCCACCACCGCUAUCCACUCACCUUCAAGCAUGGGUUCGGUUUUGAUCUUAUCUUUCAGCAGCUCUUCGCAGUUGGUGGAUGUGAAGUAUAUUAACAAGCAUUUCAACAGAGUCAACUCCUAGAACUACACUGCUUGUUGCAGUCUCGUUCCCCUGUUUUUUUUUU